AAAUAAGCUUACUGCCAGCAACUGAUCUGAUACUGUUUGCACUGGUGUUUUUGUAUUAGACAUAUUUUAGAGCCGAAAAUAUUAAUUACUUCAUGUGGGCGACUUAAGAACUAUACGCAGCAACUAUCGCGAGUUGGGCACCGGGGUAUAUUGUUCUAUUUUGCCCCACCUGGAUCACCCCUCCUUCCCGCCGAAGUUAUCUUUUUGAGGGACUCAAAUUGACAAUUAACCUCGCACUUCUUUCGCCUACAAGCCCACCCAAUCGAGGCCAACUUUCACACACAUCCUAGUGCUAUUUUUUCUUCACUUUGCACUGUUGUCGAUAAGCUAAUCGACAAUGACAGGAAAUCUUGACUACGAAAUCAUACGUGGAGCUAUUCCCAAAGUACUGGCCCAGAGGACUGCGGAUGCGCUGCAAAAACAACCUAAACAUCCACGGGAGAAGUACGACGCUUUCGAAAUACCUCCAGUAUGCUCUGAAAACGCAGAAAAACAUGUUCUCUCCCGGAUAUGCCACCCAAAACCAGUUCCUUCGCAGCCUGACCACAUUUUUGCUGGCAUAUUCCGCGAGACUGUCGCCGAUCCGAAAAAGCUGAAAACAGCAGAGAAGGGUGAAAUAUAUGUCACAAUCGCUCUUACACCACUCUCCCCGGCAAACGGUUGGUACACAUUCUACCGAGGCGCAAGAGCAAAUCAAUCCGCUCCGACUAUUGAAACUCCGAAAGAUGCUCUUAAUCUUGAUAUUGGGGAUGCCGUGGUAUGGAGAGGUGACCUAAUUUAUAUACAUUCUUCGGGUGGUGGUGGCAUGUUUCAGACAAUCGUUUACCAGAUAGAUUAAUGGCCUUGACGGAGAUAUGACGAAUAAUCACGACAUUUGGCGAUAUACUCAUGACAGGAAUAGCUCUGUGCAACCAUUGUUGUAUUAAUAUAAACAAAAUGUACUCUAUCGACACCAUAGCCCGUGCGUCUCUGAAAGGAUAAAUAUCACGGAUAAAGCACAUAUAAUCAUCUCUUAAUGUGAUAUAGGAACUGUCAUGUGCAGGAUAGGAUUAUAGUUUUGGUCCCAAUUUCCUAGAUUAAGAAGAGUCUCACCUGUUUCUUGUAGUCUCGCAUCGUAGUCUUUGUCCCAAUUCCCGAAGGGUAAUGAUCCUGCGGGCGUGGGAUUUUGGGAGCCGAAACAAGAUAAAUCUGGAUUGUAGUUUUUGUCCCAAUUGCCUAAAUUGAGAAGGGUUUCCGAUCUUGUUCUUUGGGAUCUCGUAUCGUAGUCUCUAUCCCAGUUUCCAAAGAAUAGCGAUUCCGCACGAGUGGGGUUUUGUGAACCUAAAGCGGAUAAUUCCGGGAUAUAGUUCUGGUCCCAGUUACCCCCAUAGAAGCUUUCGGGAACAGAUGUCUUUGAUUGUGGUUGCUGGUUGCAUGAUGGCAUAGUACAGUCUUGGGCCCGCUCCGCUGGAGCAAAUGCUGAUGAUGCCGAAAGCUGAAGCUGGUGAGAAACUUAAAAACCUGUUAGCUAUACCUAUAGGGGUUGAUUUAUAAAGGGGACUACCAUUGCUCAAGUUGGAAAGCCCA